UUCAUCGAGCUCUGUUUCCCGCGUUUCUCCCCCCAUCAAACCGUUUCUGCUCCUCGCCUGUUUCUCCAACCUGAAAUGCUAGACCACCUGCCAUGGCUGGAGCAGAUUGUAGUGGUAGCAGCCUCCUUCAAGGGCAGCCAGCAGUAGGAGGCCCUGUUUUCCAUCGCAACUGGACAUUAUUUAGUGCCAUCGUCGCAGUUGAGUCGGUCAGAAUGUUCAAUUUGGGACUCAAGGCGUCAAUCAUGGCCGCGGUUUGCAGCCCGGCGUCUCCCGCUCUCAGCUAGCCGGACCAUUUAUUGAUUCUUGUCGACCUGUGGCUUCUGGUGGAUAUGGCUGGUACCUUUGGCGGGAUUGUCGCCGCGAUCGACGGUCCGCGGAGCAUCUGCGCGAGUCUUUGGGCGAUCCGACACUGACAUCUAACAACACUGAGCAGCUGACAUCUAUACUGACAUUUUUUAUUAAGCCUUUAUUUUUCUCCGCAGCCUUCUUCGUUCUCCGCCCUUUUUGUAAAAAUCAAGAUCAGUCAUGACCAGCGCAGCGCCUUCAGCAAUGGCUUCCCGCGUCGCGGGGUCUCCAACCCCGCUUCUUGACCGCGCCGCUUCAUCGUUUCUCAGCGGGCGGCCUACUUUGUCGUCUUCCUCCACCAGCUUCUUCCGCGGAUCAGCAUCCCGGUCGCGCGGCGGUCUUUCCUCGAAGAAUCGUGGUGCUUCUCCUUCACGCAUCAGUAAAAAAGGCGUGCCGCUCGUUAAAGCCAGAAUCGCCCUCGCGCCGGCUCUUCGGAGCGUGGAGCUGAUGACUCAGCACCAGCGUCUACGGAACGUGGACUUAGUGACCCAGCACCCGUGCGGCUCGGUCGUCGUGCUCAAGGCGCCGCCGGCGCUGCGGUCGAUUAAGCGCUUAAUCUCCGCCGUCGCCGCGCGCCCCGCGGCUUCCCGCACCGACUCUGGCGAGACUUCUGCUGGCGAAAACGAAGACCGAGAUGCGACUGCCGCGACUCCUGUGGGCGGUCCGUCCGAAUUGAUCCGCCAGCACGUCGAGGAACCGCAAUCGGCGGCGGUCGAGGCGAUCGUCCUUCCGCAUCUGCCGUCGGGCUUCGCUCUGCCUACUCCCCGUCUCAAUCGGCGCGCUCUGCUCGGCUUCAGCGUCGCCGCGCUUGGCGCCGCAACCGCCGCUGAGCUCGGAUUGGUCGGCGCGGCGGCGGCGGAAGCCGGCAAGGCGAAGUCGAAAUCGCCUCUCUGGUUCCUCGGAGAGGCUAGUGGCGGCGGAGUGAGCGUGGACGGUGGCGCGAAGGGCGGCGCGCAAGGCGGCGCGCCUGCAGCAGCGAAGGGGCCCGAGUCGCGCGUGUACGACGCGACGGCCGUUGGCGAGCCGGCGCUGAUGGGCGAUAAGGAGGGCGUCUGGCAGCGGCUGGCGGCGGCGCGGGUGGUUUACUUAGGGGAAGCCGAGAUGGUCCGCGAUCCGACGGACAAGGUUGUGGCUCUGGAAAUCGUGCGCCGAUUAAGAGACGAUUGCUUCAAGGCGGGCCGCCCCGUCACGCUCGCGCUCUCCGCGUUUCCGCGAACCACGCAGCCGCUGCUCGACAAGUAUCUCGGCAAGAGGCUGUCAGAAGAGGACCUCCAGGUGGCGGUCAGCCAUUGGUCGAAGGGGCGGUUUGAGGAGAUGGUUCCGCUGCUGCGGUACUGCCGCGAUUCGGGCGUCCGCCUCUUCGCGUGCGGCGUGCCUCCCAAGAUCCUGCGUACGGUGCAGGCUGGCGGCGUGCAGGCCCUGGCUCCCAUCGACCGCCAGCGCUACGCCCCGCCCCUCGGCGGCUUCGCCCCUCCCUCCCCCACCUCCUCCUCUCUCCCCUCCGCGACAACUGACCCACCGAGCGCCACUGCAGCAGGCGCUACUGGCGCUACUGGAUCCGGCCUGUGGGGCCUGGAGCCGGCGGCGGUGGCGGCGGAGGUGUAUUCGAGGGAGGCGGUAUCGCGCACGUCGCUGCCGUUCGGCCCGGGACCGUACUGGUUCGCGCAGGCGCGCGUGGUGGAGCAGCACGCCAUGGCGCGCAGCAUCGACCAAGCCAUGGCGGACGGUGGGAUUGUCGGCCUGCUGGUGGUGCUCACGGGGGCGUCGCAAGUGCGGUACGGAGCGCAAGGGACCGGCGUCCCUGCCCGGAUCAACAACGGGCAGCUGAAAACUUCCGCCGCCUCGCAACGCAUCGUCCUGCUCAACCCCGAGCGGCAGCGCAGCCGGGCAGACUCCGAGCUGCCCGAGGCCGACUUCUUCUGGUACUCGGGCAGCCGGAUGUGCACGCACAACUGUUUCGACCGGGCAGAAAUCGCGCGCGUCAUGGGGGCAGCCGGGAGAACUUUUGACAACCUGCCCCAGGACCUACAAACGGGGAUAGAGCGCGGGCUGAUCUCCCCAGACACCCUUCGGUCCUUCUUCGAGCUCGAGAGCCACCCGCUGGUCGCCGAAGCGACCAAAAGGUUCCAAGGGUUGAGGGAGAGAGUGUACGCCGACCCGCGGUUUCUCCAGCGGAUUGUGACUGAGGAGGCGAUCAGUAUUACCACGGCGAUGCUGGCGCAGUGGGAGAAGCGGCGCGAGCGGUUCUGGUCGGAGAUCGAGUACGUGGCGACCGACGUGCUGCGCGGCACUAUUGUCAACUUCUUCACGGUGUGGCUGCCCGCCCCCACCCUCUCCUUCACCUCCUCUACUGCUGUCUCCACACUAGCCGGCUCAGCAGCAGCCGGAGCAGCAGCAGGGGCGGCAGGGGCGGCGGGGGCGGCGCAGGGGCCGGUGCAGCAGGCGCUGGGGGGAGUGAGCGCGUGGGCGGCGACUCUCCCAAAGAAUGCGUUCCAGCGUGCUACUCAGCCCGGGCAGGUGUGGGGGCUGCAGGAGAGGCUGGCGUCCAUCCUCUUUACAAGCGGGAAGCUGUUCACUGUUGGGUUUUCGGCGAGUGUGGGCACUGUAGCGCUGAACAAUCUCUUUAUGGAGGUGAAGAACCGGCUCGCGGACAUGUCUGCUGCUGCUGGUGCUGCUGGUGCUGCUGCUGGUGGCAAUGCGUCUGCUGUGCUUCCUGCUGCUGCUUCUAGCAGUGGUGUGGUGCAGCGGUCGCCUGUGCUGAAGACAGCAGCGGUGUACGGUGGCUUCCUGGCGACGUCAGCCAACCUCCGCUACCAGGUGAUAGGAGGGGUGGUGGAGCACUGGAUUGCCGACUACUACCUGGCAGCCAACCCCAUGGCGGGUGCAGCGCUGUCCUUCGUGGCCCGCACUGUCAACUCCUACUGGGGCACGUCCCAGUGGGUCGACCUCGCCCGCUUCUGUGGCCUCCAAACCACUGCCUCCCAGUCCUCUUCCUCUUCUGACGCUGCUUCGGCCAACGCGUUACCAGCAGCAUCAGCAGAAGCAGCAGCAGCAGCAGCGGCGGCAGAAGCGGCAGCAGCGUCAGCAGCAGCAGCAGCAGCGCUGGAGCAGGCAUACUCGGCGUCCCCCUCAGGCUUCCCUGCGCUGACCCCUAUCCCCGUGCUGGUCAACUCUCCCCUCUACGCUGCUGCCAGUGCCGGCGUUCCCGCCUUCGAGGCCUGGCAGUAUGCCGCGCCUGCCGCUGCUGCAGCUGAAGCUGCAGCCGACAGGGCCGUGGCUGCUGAGAGGGUAGCAGCAGCAGAAGUGGCGGAAGUUGUGGCUGAGAAAACAGCAGCAGCAAAAGCUGCAGCUGUGGAAUUGGUCGCUGCAGCCGCAGCAGAAGCGGAAGCUGAAUCACUUGUACAAGAUGACUCUGACUCGGAGCUCCUCCCCUUGGGAAUACCCGCUCUCCCCGAGCAAAUCUCCUCUUUCUCUGUCUCGGAAUCGGGCGAAGCUCUCUCCCCUGCGACUGCAGCCCAAUUGCUUGAGGAGCCGCACCAGGCAGCUGCUACUGACGCUCUUGUUGACUCACCCCAGGAGUCGUUGCUCGGAGUGCUUGCAGAGACAGAAGCAAGGGGUGUUCAAGACGAAGACGCCUUGUUUGAGGCGGUGGAGCUGUCGGUGCCCUCCUCUCCCCCCAUGGGCGCACUGAUCUCUCUCGAGCCCGUGUCAAUGUCAGGGGAAGUUGAGUUGCUGCCUUCCCUGGAUGACUCCGUCUCCCCUCAGUUCCCUAGUCUUGAUUCCGUGCCUCUGGCCGAUGCCCUUUCCUAUCUCGACUCCCUUCCUAUUCUCGACGCCCUUCCUACUCUCGAUUCUCUCCCUUCGCUUGACUCCAUCCCCUCUCUCGACUCGCUUGCUUCAUGUGACUCGCGUUUAGAGAGUAAGCCAUUGGAUGCGGAGGACGAGGCAGUAGCAGCGUCGGUCAUUGAACCCGGGGUUGUGAUGGUGGCUGUGGAUGAUCCUGCUGUGGCAGUGCUGGGUGUGCAGUCGGCCUCUGUUCUCACAGCAGCAGCAGCAGCAGUGCCAGCAGCAGCAGCAGCAGGAGCGGGGUCGGAGCCAGCAGCGGUUUUGAAAGCUCUGGGCUCUACGCCAGGUGAUGAGAAAUUCUGCCCGCCGCGGGAUGCAGUGUGCGCGUGAGCAUGAGAUGGUGGGGGGUUGUGUGAGAGCGUGAGAGUGAGAGUGAGUGCGGAAUGGGUGGAGUGGGUGGAGUGGGCAAGUGUGGUUUGAGUGCACGGUACUGCUGGGUUGCGGGGUGCAUCUGUACGGUAAUGGCAUAUCAGUUGCAGCAGAAGCAGCGGCUGGGAUGCCUGGGCUGGCACGCAGCAGUCGGACGAGGAUAGAGAGUAGGUGAACCAGACGCAGGAAACGGCCAGGGGUGUGCUGCUUGAUGAAGUAGCAAGGGAACCCUGCAAGGGAAAUGGCUGGAUGCAGCCGUGGGCACCAGUGGUGGCUGUAGCAGCAGCUGCGGAGGGGAAGGAUGAGGCUGUAGCAGCAGGCUGUGGCUUCAGCAGGCUGUGGCUUCAGCAGCAGAAACUGCUGAAGGUGCAGCAGCAGAGGCAAUGGAUGCCCUAGCAGCUGUGUCGGGUUGAUUCUUGGCACGUGUACGUGCAGCAGGAGGGGAAGGAAGAGGCUGGAGGGUGGGACCUGAUGUGCACUGCACUCAGGUCUACGGAUGAGGUCAUGUGAGAGCCGGUGGCUUUAAUAAGGGAUGGGAGGACUGGCAAUUGAGCCAUCUCUGAGGAUUUGAGUCCUUGUAUCGUUGCUAGCUAGAGGCGCAACUGUAGGGGGUUGGGGAAGGGAUCAUAUUGUUAGGGGGUUGGGGGUUUCUGAGUAGUGUAUAGCCUAUGGGUGUUUUUCCUGUUAGUUGCUUUGCCUGCCUUGAACACCGAGUGUGAAUUAG